ACAACGAAUGGCACGAAUAGCGGACGACAGUGACUUCGAAGCGCUGAAACGACUGGUCGACAAUCACGACGGCUGGACGCUCGAGCUGUCCAAAUCCGACACGGAGGUAUACACCCGGCCGGUGCCCGGCUGCAACUUCAACAUGGUCAAAAUACAUACCGAGUUUGCCGACGUCACCGCCGACAUUGUGUUCGAUGUGCUGCACGACCCCGACUAUCGGAAGGUUUGGGAUUCCCACAUGCUGGCCAGCGAGGAAAUUGGCAUACUGAACGUCAACAAUGACGUCGGUUACUACGCAAUGUCCUGUCCGCCUCCGCUCAAGCCACGAGAUUUCGUCCUGCAACGAUCCUGGCUCGAUACGGGGCCGCAGGGCGAACAGAUGCUGCUGUCACGCUCGGUACCCCACAAAAACUAUCCACCCAAGAAGGGUUACGUACGUGCGAUGUCGUACAUUACCGGCUUCGUGCUACGGACGAAUGAAAACUCAAAGACUGGCUGUAUACUUAAGUACGUAGCGCACUGUGACCCGCAAGGUACGCUUCCACCCUGGCUCGUGAACAAGGUAACGCACACGCUUGGACCGCGGAUGGUGAAGGAUCUGAAAAAAGCGGCCCUAGGGUACGCGAGCUGGAAACAGACGCAACCACAUCUACGCAAGCCGUGGCGCUUCCCGGAGGAGAUCCGCUGUCCAAGGAUAUCAAUCGAUGAUUGUCUCGAUACGGUCACAGUUCCACUAGCACUUCCACCGGCAACAGGUUCGACAAAAAGCGCCCCACAACAGCAGCAAUCCCAACCAUCCACCCAACAGCAACCCGCUGCUACGCAACGGAAGCUACCCCAGCUAAAAACGCAAACUAAUGGUCGCGUGCUACCGAUCCUGCACAAAAAGGCUCAAUCGACACCGGCGUCACCCGUGGUGGAAGAAGCCAAGUUUCUCAAGCGUGAAGGCGAGCUGAAGGAAAAAGCGCUCGACGAGAAGCGUAAGGACGAAAAGAAAAAGCUAAAAGAACCGCCAAAAGAUGCCAAAGCGAAAGAAAGCAAGGAAAGCUUGAAAAGCACCAAAGAGCUGGAAAAGGAAGCGAAAGCAGCAGCGAAGGAAAGUAAAAAGCUUAGUAAAGCGGCAGCCAAAGAAGCGGCAGCGGCGGAAAGUGCACUAGCGAAGAAGGAGAAAAAGGAGAAAGGUCUUACCAAGCGAAGAUCGUUGUUGAAUUUGAAGUUUUAGUUCGUUGGAAGUGA